CCGGCCAGAGCAGCAGUGGCGGCGGUGGUGGCGGCGUUUGAGUAGAGGAAGAUGGCGGCUCCAGGAGGCUCGGGGUCCCGCCAGCUGUGAGGACCCCUGAGUGCGGCAAGCGAGGCCUGAGGCGGAGCGCCUCUGCUCUGGCCCUGUCCCGGCUACCUCACCAUUGUCGUCAGUACAGCUAACCCGAGAGUGUGGCGCGGGCUGGGCCAGCUGUCGAGUGGAAUGUCAUGGCCAGCUCCUCAGACAGUGAAGAUGACAGUUUCAUGGCUGUGGACCAAGAAGAAACUGUGCUGGAAGGGACAAUGGAGCAAGAUGAGGAGCCUCACCCAGUAUUGGAGGUUGAGGAGAUUAGACAUAAUCGGUCCAUGUCUGAGCUGCCAGAAGAAGUUUUGGAAUAUAUCCUGUCCUUUCUUUCACCAUACCAGGAGCACAAAACGGCAGCCCUUGUCUGCAAACAGUGGUAUCGACUUAUCAAAGGUGUAGCCCACCAGUGUUACCAUGGUUUCAUAAAGGCUGUCCAGGAAGGAAACAUUCAGUGGGAGAGUCGGACUUACCCUUAUCCUGGAACCCCGAUCACUCAGCGAUUCUCACACAGUGCAUGCUAUUAUGAUGCUAAUCAGUCUAUGUAUGUGUUUGGAGGCUGUACCCAAAGCAGCUGCAAUGCUGCCUUCAAUGACCUCUGGAGACUUGACCUGAAUAGCAAAGAGUGGAUCCGACCUUUGGCUUCAGGGUCCUAUCCUUCCCCCAAAGCUGGAGCCACUCUGGUCGUGUACAAGGACCUGCUGGUGCUGUUUGGUGGCUGGACGAGGCCAAGCCCUUAUCCCCUACACCAACCAGAGAGAUUCUUUGAUGAAAUACACACGUACUCACCCUCUAAAAACUGGAGCAAUGAUGUCUGGGUCCUUGACCUCGAGCAGUGGGCGUGGUCCAAGCCAAACAUCUCUGGCCCCAGUCCUCAUCCUCGGGGUGGCCAAUCUCAGAUUGUCAUAGAUGAUGCAACUAUCUUAAUCCUUGGAGGGUGUGGCGGUCCCAAUGCUCUGUUCAAGGAUGCUUGGUUGUUGCACAUGCACUCGGGUCCCUGGGCCUGGCAGCCACUCAAGGUAGAAAAUGAAGAUCAUGGGGCGCCAGAACUGUGGUGCCACCCAGCUUGCCGGGUGGGACAGUGUGUGGUGGUCUUCAGCCAGGCUCCCAGUGGGAGAGCCCCACUCAGUCCCAGUUUGAACUCUCGCCCGUCACCUAUCAGUGCCACUCCUCCCGCCCUGGUUCCCGAAACCCGAGAGUACCGUUCUCAAUCUCCAGUAAGGAGUAUGGAUGAAGCUCCGUGUGUUAACGGCCGCUGGGGAACCCUGAGACCCAGAGCUCAGAGGCAGACCCCCUCCAGUUCCCGGGAAGGGAGCCUGUCCCCAGCCAGAGGAGAUGGCUCUCCCAUCCUCAAUGGUGGGAGUUUAUCUCCAGGGACAGCCGCGGUAGGUGGCUCUUCCUUGGACAGCCCUGUACAGGCCAUAUCUCCUAGCACUCCAUCUACCACUGAAGGAUAUGACCUAAAAAUGGGACUUUCUUUGGCCCCUCGACGAGGGUCACUGCCAGAUCAGAAAGAUCUGAGAUUAGGAUCGAUCGAUCUGAAUUGGGAUCUGAAACCCGCUUCCAAUAGCAACCACCUGGAUGGCGUGGACAGCAGGACAGUGGGGGGGAGCGUGAGACACCUUCCUGAACAGACGAAUGGUGUGCACACCCCACCGCACGUGGCCAGUGCCCUGGCAGGAGCCGUCUCCCCAGGUGCCCUGCGUCGGAGCCUCGAAGCCAUCAAAGCGAUGUCAUCCAAAGGCCCCUCGGCCUCCGCAGCACUAAGUCCUCCUCUGGGGUCUUCUCCAGGCUCCCCCGGGAGCCAGAGCCUGAGCAGUGGAGAAACAGUGCCCGUGCCGCGGCCAGGGCCUGCCCAAGGAGAUGGACAUUCCCUACCUCCCAUUGCCCGCCGCCUGGGCCACCACCCUCCACAGUCCCUAAAUGUUGGCAAACCCUUGUACCAGAGUAUGAACUGUAAGCCCAUGCAGAUGUACGUGCUGGACAUUAAAGACACCAAGGAGAAGGGGCGGGUCAAAUGGAAAGUAUUUAAUAGCAGUUCUGUGGUCGGGCCUCCUGAAACCAGCCUGCACACAGUGGUCCAAGGCAGGGGCGAACUCAUCAUAUUCGGAGGACUCAUGGACAAGAAACAGAAUGUGAAGUACUAUCCAAAAACAAAUGCCUUGUACUUUGUGCGAGCAAAGAGAUAAUAUGUUCUAAACCCCUUUCCCUUUCUGUGGCUUUUAAUUUGGAAUUUUCCAGCGUGCAAGCAUUUGGACUGAGAAUUGGGCAAACAAAGGACAGAAUGACUCCCAUAAACCAAAACCCCAAUUCCCAACCUCACUCACUCCAGAUCAAAUCUCCAUUAAGAAAAAAAAUUAUAUAUAAAUAUAUAUUAUAUAGCCAACUCUGUUUACAAAGAGGGAGAGAUCUCCGUCCUGGUUCAGAUAAAAGUGUUGCUGUGUUUUAGCAGAGGGUGUGCUGCCUUUUCCUACUUUGCUGGUAACUAGACCAAGAAUUGAGGGAACAGACUAAUAUCAGAGCUUCCCUAAAGACACUGAAGAGCCCUCUGUAAAUCUUGACGUGGCCUUCUCAGAGGUAGAAAAAGAAAGGGCAUGUAUAGGAUGCACAAGUGGCGGUUUCAGAUUCGCACGCUUCAGGUGCUGGCAGGGUAAAAGUAACCGAUAGAAAACUGUUCUUCCCUUCUCUUCAAACCCAAAGGACCUGUGAAAACUUCUCUUUGCUGUAAUGCCCUCUGCCUGGCCCCAUUCUGCCCAUUGUGACUGAAGACAUUUACCCAACGAGGGGUUUUGUUCCACGAUUGUGUGCCAGGAUCAUCGCGAAACAAUGUGUAUGCAGUGACACCUGUCCACCUAGUGUCCGUUGGUCUUUUGAGUGCUCCCUCCGUGUCUCAGAAAACAUUUUAGUAUCUGUCAAAUUUUCUGACAGUCGUACUUGGUUAAAAGUUGCCAAAAAUCACGUUUGUUCUCCUUUUCCUUCUCUUAAAAUUUGAUCUUCAGAGGCUGCCUUUCUUUUCUUUCCUUCUUCCUUUUUUU